GACUGACAGAUGCUUCCGGUUUUGUGUCCCCGAUGCGAGUGUUUACGUCUUCCUUCCAUUUUGAUUUCAUUUCAAACUACUGGCAAGCCGUUCGGUGGUACGAUAUCCAUUUGCAAUACUUUAUUUACACAUUAACGGGAGUUUUGUGAAUUUUAACGUUUUAAACAGGUGAAAUUCUCACACGUGGGCGUUCACUUUCUAAACACUUAUGAUGCAAAGAGUAAUUUUUUUGAAAGACUCCUUCCUGAGUUUGGAUGUUUUCCACAAGCGAAUUUUGAUCGGGACAGCAGUUGCAACGGGGGUUGUGUUGCUCUACAUUCGGCACAGACGAUAUCACAAAGUCCAAACUAUUCCUCUUGGGGAAGGAUGGUGGGGAGUAGGCGAAAGGCAGCAGUCAGAAGACGACAAGAUCUUUUCUUUUGAGGUGCAGACCUCAGAUGAUGAAAUCAAGGACCUUCACGAGCGGCUUGACAAAACCCGCUACACUGAUCCUCUGGAAGAUUGCGCUUUUCAGUAUGGAAUCAAUUCAACCUAUCUCAAGAGAGUGGCUUCCUACUGGAGACGUGGGUUUGACUGGAAAAAACAAGUGGCAAUGCUUAACAAGUAUCCACAUUUCAAAACUAAAAUUGAAGGAAUAGAUGUGCAUUUUAUCCACGUGCGGCCAACUCAGCGCAAACAGCAGAAGGUUUUCCCACUUAUGCUAAUUCAUGGCUGGCCAGGCUCCUUCUUUGAAUUCUACAAGAUCUUGCCACUUCUCACAGAAAGCAACAAUGAUCUUGCCUUUGAGGUUAUUUGCCCGUCUAUACCAGGCUAUGGUUUCUCUGAGGCCCCUCAUCAACAAGGUUUCGACAGUCUUGCUGCAGCCAGAAUUUUCUUGAAGCUGAUGGAGCGUUUAGGGUUUUCGCAGUUCUAUCUGCAGGGAGGAGACUGGGGUGCCCUCAUCACCACCAACAUGGCACAGAUGAAACCUCAGUGUGUGAAAGGUCUCCAUUUAAAUAUGUUGUUGAUGGGAAGAGGAUUUAAAGUGCUGCUGUCCCUCCUGUUUGGCCCUUAUCUUCCCUUCUUGGUGGGACUGAGUCGGGAAGAUGUCCGCCGCUUGUUCCCUUUCUUUAAAAAGAACGUGUGGGUCAUCUUGAGGGAAUCGGGCUACAUGCACAUUCAGGCAACCAAACCCGACACCGUAGGCUGUGGAGUGAAUGACUCUCCUGUGGGCUUGGCUGCCUACAUUCUGGAGAAGUUCUCCACUUGGACUAAUCUGGAGAACAUACAUUUGGUGGACGGUGGUCUGGAAAGGAAAUUUAGCCUGGAUGAUCUUUUAACGAAUGUCAUGAUCUACUGGACCACAGGCUCCAUUGUCUCCUCCAUGCGUUUCUACAAAGAGAACCUUAAGGGUAAUCUAGACAACAGGGUUGAUUCAAGGACAAAGAUAUUUGUGCCCACUGGACUGGCUGCCUUCCCUGGAGAGCUGAUGCACUGCCCCAAAUCAUGGGCCCAAGUGAGGUUUCAAAACAUUGUCUCCUACACUUUGAUGCCUCGAGGUGGUCACUUUGCUGCCUUUGAAGAGCCUCAACUGCUUGCCAGUGAUCUAAUCCAGUUUGUCAGAAAGGUGGAGCUUUAAACACACAUAUUUCACAAUGCUUCAGAAGAUGUCUGAGACGUUUGUGAAUAAUUAAUGCAUAAUUUUCCAUUUCUAUGAUAUACAUUUUUAAUCUAAUCAUUAUAUACUUUUCAAUUGUCCAAAAUGUUUAGAAAGUAGAUUGCAAACACUAUAAAGAUUUGGUUAGAUUUAAAUUCAUAAGUUUUUUUUAAUUAAAAUUCCACAUUUUAUUGGUCUCCAAUUUAGUUUGAAGUUAUGUUUUUUCUCAUUUUUAUAUAAGAACACAAUCAAAGCCAUCUGUUUUAAACCAUGCAACAAUGUUAAUAUAAUCAUACAAUUUC